AGGUUUCUCGCCGAGGACAGACAUGUGAGGCUCUGGGAUCUAGGCUCCCCAUGGAUCCCAGGCCUGCGCUGCGGAAAACGCUGCUCUUCCUCGCCACUGCUUUCGCCAAUUUGAAUUUGGGACAGCUUGGCAGCAAUGGCUUCGCACACCCAGAGGACAAUCGACCUCACUGAAAGUGCGUCAUCGUCGUCGUCGCUCAAUUGCUCGACUCAGGUUGCAGGAAUUGUCAGUCAUUGCGGAUUGUUAGUGAUGAGACCAUCGGCCGGGACUACGUGUUGUUGGCCUUACAACCGUUGAGUCGCACGCAUGACUACCAUUGCGAUUCGAGUCUAGUGAAGUGUGCUCGCCUCUCAAUUCGGUCCUCUUCGUUUUUUCUUGAGUGUUGUGUUUGGAUUUUUGAAUUUGGGGAUCCGUGGGAUUGUGCAAGAGUGUGCAGAGUUUGUGUAGUGGUCUUCGUGAUAGUGAGUCGUAGUGUGGCUUGUACGAGUUCGUUUAGCCGCCCGACACUACAUGAGUUGUGCUUUGCAGGUGCUCGUGGGACAUUUUCUUGUCGGUUGUGAGGUUGGGGUGAAGUGAAGUUAGGCAAUUGGGUUUUGUCACUGUUCCAUUUUUUUUUGUGUUUGAACUUUGAGUGCGGGUCUGGUUCUUAUUAUGUCUGUCAAUAUCAAAAGCAGCACGCGCAUGUGCAUUCCUUGCUUCCUUCUCUGCUGCCUCGUGUGUCAGAGACUUUGUUUGUCUUCUCUUACUACUCUUUGUGAUCGGCAGAUGGAGGUUAUUUAAGCCAGGAACUAAGUUACGGUUCUAUUGGUACAUACCUGUUGGAGCUCAGCUUUUUUCUGCCGAUUUCGUUCCGUCUCUCUUGGCAGAGCUACUUGGAAGCACUACCUGGAGUGGGUCCGUGUCUUUGCUCCAAACCCUCGGGCUACACUGCACUCCUUGUCGUCUCAUCAGUCUCUCACUGUCUCUCUUUAUUCGUUCCUGUCUCGCUUUACUUCGUUCCGUUAAGGUUCUUGUCCUCUGUCGCCGUCACAUCGCAUUGCCAUUGUAAAACAAGCAAGCGAUAAAUAAAUAUUCUUGCGAGGUUGUCCUGUACAUUCUUUCAUCACGAUAUCUGUGCUUCGUUCCGCAAUCAUUUUGAACGUGCUUCGUUCCACAACCAAUUUAAUCUUAUAGUGGCACUUCAUCAUUUGAAUUGGCUUCCUACCACUCUACAUAUCGAUUAUCUCAGACUCUUCCUUACGAGUGCACUUUAUAAUGUGCUAGGGGCAUUUCUGUAUUUCUAGCUUGUUGGUUACAGUUGUGUCUAUCUAUGUGACACUCUUGAAUUCACUGCCGUGGCGAGUGAAGGUUGUUUGGGUUUCUUCUCAGGCAGCUGCCAAGAUUCCGUUAUGAAGUAGUAAAAGUCAUAUCGCUAUGUCUGUUUUAGCUUCCGUACAAUUCCUCGUAAUAAAGGUGUGAGUUAAAUUCUGUUCAGCUUGUCCUCUUGAAUCACUGUCAAGCUUUGUCAUUGAAAUGGCAAUGCUGGUGGUGUUUACAAACAUGGUGGAGUGAUUCGCCCAGCUGCUGCUUGAUUAUUCUUACCGGCACCGCACAAUCUGCUUGAUAAGCUACUAUACUGUCGGAUGGAGAUAAGUUGAGUGGCGUAAUUGGACAGGGCUUGGUAUAGCCAAAAGACAGCUGAAGAUAUCGAGGAGCCUGGGUAUUACUUUUGCCUCGAUUGGUUCUUAAAGUACCAAUUCACUCGCUUCUCGGAUACACAUUUCUCCCCACCAGCAAUGGACGAAUACGAGAAGCUGGAGAAGAUCGGGGAGGGUACCUACGGGAAAGUGUACAAAGCGAGGAACAAGAGCACAGGUCGCCUAGUGGCGCUCAAGAAAACCAGGCUUGAAAUGGAGGAUGAAGGAGUACCAUCAACUGCUCUUCGAGAGGUUUCACUCUUGCAGAUGCUUUCACAUAGCAUCUACAUUGUCAGGUUGUUAUCUGUGGAAAGCGUAGAUGAGAAUGGGAAACCUCAACUGUAUUUGGUUUUUGAGUACCUUGACAGUGAUCUCAAGAAAUUCAUCGAUUCGUACGGCCGAGGUAGUGGCAAUCCUAUUCCCGCGAAAACUAUUCAGAGCUUUAUGUAUCAACUUCUGAAAGGCGUUGCGCACUGCCAUGGUCAUGGUGUUAUGCAUCGGGAUCUGAAGCCACAGAACUUGCUUGUGGACAAAGAAAAGGGUUUGCUUAAAAUUGCUGAUUUGGGUCUGGGAAGAGCGUUCACUAUUCCUUUAAAGAGCUACACUCACGAGAUUGUUACUCUCUGGUACCGUGCUCCGGAGGUUUUGCUUGGUUCCAGUCAGUACUCCACAUCCGUGGAUAUGUGGUCUGUGGGGUGCAUAUUUGCUGAACUAUCUCGCAAAGCUCCUCUCUUCCCAGGGGAUUCGGAAUUACAGCAACUCCUGCAUAUAUUCAGGCUGCUUGGUACUCCAACGGAGGAAUCAUGGCCUGGUGUGAAAAAGCUGCGGGACUGGCAUGAGUAUCCUCAAUGGCAACCUCAAAACCUGUCACGAGCUGUGCCGGAUAUGGGCCCUGAAGCUCUAGACCUUCUAACUAGAAUGUUGAUGUUCGAUCCUGCAAAGCGUGUCUCAGCCAAGGCAGCCUUGAACCAUCCUUUCUUUGAUGAUCUGGACAAGUCUCAAUUUUGAUCUGUAGACGCUAGCAACCUUUGGAAACACCUUCCCGUUGGCAGUACAAGCGUAGCCUUAUUCAAUGCAUCGAUCCGAGCGGGUACAGGUGUCCUUUGCUAUGGUUAUCCCCAAAAACAUAGGUACAUAUGUGGCACAUGUUGAAAUUACCGUUUCCCUUCUCAAAGCGAGGGUGGCAUUCACCACGCAAUUUGCAUGUCUAUAAGCAGAGUGUAUUCAAUCAGUUCUCAUCCCAAAUUUGAUCCUUUAUGUGUCCAAGUCUUUUUUUUAUAAAAAGACCUGGGGCAAGCGCGGCUGUUCUCAACCGAGCAUCUUUGACUGAACCAACUAUGAUUGGACAAGACGGCAAAGUGUUGAACUUAGACAUGUGUACCCUUCCAAAGAUUGAGCUGACUCCUUGAUUGCUAGUAGGCUCCAAGGUGUGUAGUCAGCCCACUCGAAGCUACAUUUCCUGGUUUAGCUCAAUAUUUAUCCCUGAACAGUGAGGCGUGCUGUUGAAACCAAACGCCAGUGCUGUUCUUAGACCCCUGAAAAGGAAAAAUGAAAAAAAGUAGCAUAGAACAUUGUGAUAAGUCAAUGUGGGUCGUGAGGGGUGCGUUUACCCAAAUUAUGUUUCCGCCACAUAGUAGCCGCUCCUCCAGCGUAGUGGACAUUUCUAUCUGGCCUGUUGAACUCAAGCAGGAGUCUUUUGGAAGGCAGACUCACUGCCCAACAAGAAUGCUACUGACCAUGCUAUGAGUAUGUUAGAUUUCUUCCGUUUAAUUCCUAGAUCCCGAGGUUUACAGGACGAAUUAGGAGUUGGAUUUUGAGAACCUGGUGUAUGGCAUUCCUGGUACAUUUUCUGGAGUGAUCUCAUGAGAAUGUUGCAAAAGCAUCUAAUCGAUGCUCACAAAAAAUUAUUAGUAUGUUAUGGGUUUAAAAGUUGUUUUCGACAUAAA